CGGGUUCGGGAUUCGUAACACAUGUUUCGCAACUUCUCAAAAACUUGCUUGUUAUGCAAGAAAGUUGAAAAGGAACAAAAAGUUGAAGAACGACACCUUGAACAUGUUGCGCUUUGAACUUGUAUUGUUUUUCCUUUGCAUUUCUACUACCCUAGGAGAGGUUCUGAAAUUCAUCCCACGCCUAACGUGGCCCCCGGAUUUCUGCAACAAGUUAGACUGUCCAAAGUAUCAAGUACUGGAAAAAAACAAGGAUUAUGAGUUACGUUUGUACGAAUCUUCAGGCUGGAUGUCUUCUAACACGGCAGGGAUUGACUAUAAAGAGGCAUCGUACACAAACUUCAGGAGACUGUUCCGUUACAUAAAUGGCACAAAUGAAAAAGCUGAAAAGAUAGCGAUGACAGCCCCGGUUUUGAUCAUGGUUCAGCCGGGCCCUGGUCCUGCCUGCGAGAAUAAUUUCACCAUGUCAUUCUUUAUGUCUCCUAAAGUCGCAAAUCCCCCUGCUCCCACAGAAAAAGGGGUUUUCCCUCAAAAAAUGCCACAGAUGAAAGUUUAUGUGAGGUCCUUUUCUGGUUAUGUGAUUAGCAUUAAUACAUGGUUGGAAGAAGCCAAGAAACUUGAGGAGGCGAUCAGUGCUAAAGAGGCUGGUAAAUUCCACACGGAAUUCUUCUUCACUGCUGGCUAUAACAGUCCGUUCCAAAUCUUCAACAGACAUAACGAAAUCUGGUUCAUCGCAAAAUAGUUUGUUAUGCAAAGCAAGAAAAUCUGUGUCCUUGAAAUUGUAUAUUUUUGUUGAUUGAUAAAUUACAAGGAUAAAAUUUGUAACAUUUUAAAAAAUGUUUGAUAAUAUUGCAACAUUUGGUUAUUUUUAUAUAACUUUGUGUUAUUUUUGCUCUUUAAAAUUAAAAUUAAACAACAAUUUUGCACCAUUUUAAAUGUGCCCAAACAAAAUUGUAAAAGACAAUGCUGUUUUCUUUAAAUUAGCCCUGUUUUUAAUUUGUCAUCAUGCAUUGAGGUGAUAGGACAGAAAUUUAAAUGGAUGCAAUGAGGCAUAUGUGUUAUAAACUUAAAAAAAAAUGUUUUUGUCAUUGACCAUAUAUAUGUUUGAUAUGUUUGGACAUUUAUUGCACUGUGAUAGCAUAAUCCAUAAUUUAAACUUACACAUAUUACACAUCUUAGAUAUUAUUGUAAAUAUGGAUCUGAAAAAAAUAUGCAUUAUCUUAUGAGGUUUUCUCUCAAAUUUUAUAAGUCCCAAUAUGGAAUUGCUCAUGUUUAACAAAAAAAUGUUCAUCAUUCCUAUUUCUUUGCUACGCACUGUUUACAUACAUGUCAUUUUAUCAUGCAGGAUAUUGCGCAUAAUGCUUAUAUAUUGUCAAAUUUUUUGAUAACAGAUUUAUACUCACAAUUCAUUUUGUUUUUCAAUUUUUUAAAUAAAGUUUAAUUUUGUACUAUGAA